GACUAAGAAGUAACAAUGGAAAGAGUGACAAAGAUGGUUGCUGAGAGACCGGUGGUGAUAUUCAGCAAGAGCACAUGCUGCAUGUGCUACUCAGUCAAGACCCUCUUCUCCGAAUUUGGGGUCAAUCCGGCCAUCCAUGAACUAGACGAGAUCCCAAGGGGGCGUGAGAUCGAGCAGGCCCUGACCCGUCUCGGUUGCAACCCUUCCUUCCCGGCCGUUUUCAUUGGCGGCGAACUUGUAGGCGGCGCCAAUGAAGUCAUGACACUUCACCUUAAGCGUUCCUUAAUCCCCAUGCUCAAACGCGCCGGCGCCCUAUGGCUCUGACUACUUAUUAAUAUUGUCACGUGACCGACAACAACAUAGAUAGAUAGAUAGACUGCCUAGGUUUUC